UUUGUCUUGGGUUUCGCAGACGGAAACUACCUCGCGGUUGGAUCGCAUGAUAACUUCAUUUACAUUUACACUGUAACGGAGAAUGGCAAGAAAUACAGCCGUGUGGGGAAGUGCACGGGUCAUUCCAGUUUUGUGACUCAUUUGGACUGGUCUAUGGACAGCAAGUAUAUUGUCUCAAAUUCUGGGGAUUAUGAAAUCCUUUACUGGAACGCUUCAAACUGCAAGCAGGUAACCAGCGUUGGCACUGUGCGCAAUCUGGAGUGGGCCUCCUCCACCUGCGUACUGGGAAUUGGAGUCUUUGGUAUCUGGCCUGAUGGUGCAGACGGCACGGAUAUAAACGCUGUCUGCAGGUCCCCAGAUCAAAAGCUCCUGGCCACCGCGGAUGAUUUUGGCAAAGUGCAAUUGUUCUCGAACCCCUGCUCCCAGCCCCGGGCCCCAAGCCAUUCCUAUGGUGGCCACAGCAGUCACGUGACCAAUGUUGCCUUUCUACAUGACAACACUCACCUGCUCUCCACUGGGGGGAAAGACAUGAGCAUUCUGCAAUGGAGGGUUGUCUAAACAACUCCCCCCUGAAGAUUCCCUUUCACUGGAGCCUCCGAACCAGGAGGGCCAAGUCCUGCUAUGCCUAAUCUUGCUUUUUACAUCGUGGCGCCUCUGGAAAUAAAAUACAGAAGCGCACGGCGUUUGACCGCCACUAGAGGGGGCACUGACCCAGAUAAAACUAAAAAAGCAUGACGAGUUUAAUUAUUGAAAUGUUAAAAAAACAAAACGUGCACUGUAACCUUGUUGCGAUAACCUAAAAAUUCUAUUGAAUGGCUGUGGAGUUCUUUAAUAUUAUAAAUGUAUUCAAGACUUUAUAGUUGUAGCGUUCCUCAUUUGACCAGAACUAAAUAUCUAUGCUU